AUUCCCAAGAUGUAUCAUGAGUACAGCACGCCUAGGUUAUUAACUAUGGAGUACUGUGAAGGUGAACAUAUUGAUGAUAUCGAUUAUAUGAUCAAGAAUAAUAUUGACAGACACGAGGUAUGUCGGAAGCUAGGGAGGAUAUAUUCGGAAAUGAUAUUCUUAAAUGGUUAUUUGCAUUCCGAUCCACAUCCAGGCAAUGUUCUGGUGAACAAGAGGAAAGACGGAAAAGUAGAAAUUAUUUUGUUGGAUCAUGGCUUAUAUCUUGUAAGUUACAUUUUCUGA